UAUGAAAGUGUUUGUCGUUGUCGGACAAUGAACGGUGCAUUGUGAACAAGCGACAUUUUGUUAUUUUUUCCUUGUAUUGCCAUGCCAAUCAACAGUAUUUGUGUAUUAUCAUAAUUAUUCGCUAGUACAGAGUUUUUAAAUUAGGUGUAGCAUUCCAAACAAGAUGUGUAAUUAGUGUAAACGAUAAUAGCGCGUCGUUUGCUUGGUGUACGUAGGCAGCGGGGGGUAGCGUUUCUUUCAGGGAAAGCAAUGUUUCAUCGUACGGACGCGUAAUAAAUUCUGAAAGUUGUUUACAGUUAAGUUCGUAGGGCGUCGUCGGGACACGACUUUGGGUUUACAGUGGCACAAUGGCGAUGGCUGAGCAGUUUUCAUUGCGAUGGAACGAUUUCCACGCAAAUUUGUCGCAGUCUUUUCAUGCUCUGCUCGAAGGAGAAGACCUGGUGGACGUGACUUUGGCGGCUGGAGGCCAGUACCUACACGCUCACAAGUUGAUACUCUCAGUAUGCAGUCCUUACUUCAAGGAACUCUUCAAGAUGAACCCUUGCGACCAUCCGAUCGUGAUAUUGAAAGACGUGCCACAUCAAGAACUGCGUCAGCUUUUGCAGUUUAUGUACCGCGGGGAGGUUCACGUGCGUCAGCAGGAGCUGUUCGGCUUCCUCCACACUGCUGAGCUGCUCCAGGUCAAAGGGCUGACCAGUGGUCGAGAGCGAAGCGAAUCCCCACCACCAAUCGUGGAGGAGCAACCCAAACAGAACAUGAACCCCGAGUCUUCAGCCGACAGCCAGCCGGAAUGGGUGCCAGGCGGCGAAGACACCAUCGCGACCGAAUCAGCCCCCGAAACGGACAACAAGGAAGACGCAUCCAGAAACCCUUUGAAACGAUUACUGAAAAACUCGCCGACCAAAAACAAUCACACGAUGAAAAAGAAACAGCGGCCCGCAAACGACAGUCCGACACACACCGAGAAUGCAGAUUACGCAUACGACAGCGAACCCCUGAUCGAUUUUGACAGUAUGGACCCAUUCACGAGCGUUAUGAUAUUACCAGAGUCUAAAGAAUCCGGUUGGAAGUGUAAAACGGCCGGUGUCAAGUGUCCGUCAUGCCAUCGAUUUUUCGCCAACCGUUACAAUUUGAAAGUGCACAUAAGAGACAAACAUGACACUAGGGAAGGGACGUUGCAAUGCGAGAUAUGUCAAAAGAGAAUGCGGAAUCCGUCGUGUCUACGCGUUCACAUGUACCAUCAUAGGAAGCAGGCGGCGUAUCUGGCUCAAUUGAGCACCCAAGGAGACCAGAUGCAGCACGUAAAAUGGCGGUUCGAGGCGUCUCUCGGCGGCGACUACAGGGAUGUGGAUAAUUAUCAGCAGCUUCCACAGCCCGAGCAGAAACUCGAGGUCCAAGAAGACAAGGCCAUCGACCCCAAACCCAAUGAGGUGAAACCCCACGAGGGCAAACCUCACGAGGCCAAAUCCAAUGAGGCCAAACCCCACGAGAACAAACCCAACGAUUCGAAGGCCCAGAGCUCCGAGGCUGUUGUGCCGAAAGCCGAUGCUCACGAGGUAUGAUGCUCACGUAGACUCCGUAACGCACAGGACACGGAGUUAGUUGAUCCCUACCAGCUCUUCUACGCCUUUACGGAGCAAGGUUUCUGGAAUAAAUCUGUGUUCUACCCAUGCUACUCACCGAUUCGUAUCCCGAAACCUGUCAUAAAUAGAGUGCGUAAAGUUAAGCGUACAAAACGUAAAGUCCGCAAAGAGAUGUAAGCAAAUUAAUUUCAAUGUAUAAAUAUAAAAUGGUCGUAUAAUACGCGAGGGUGAACUUCGUGACUGUUUAUUGGUGUGUAAAGUUGGUGCUAACGAAUUAAAGUGAUAUAUGGGAAGCAAUUUGGAGUGAUAUUAUGGUCAAUUGAAUUGUGUUCUGGUUGGGUUUUUGAAGGGACCUUUAAAUUCGUAUGUUUGGUGUGAUUUUACUAGCGUUGGAACGGCAAUAGUAAAUAGAUUUAAUAUAGGUACGUAUUUGGUCCGUCAAUUUAAUAUUAUUAUGUAUAAAUGCGAAGCAAUUUUUCCUUGAGUAAAGAAUUGUAUGAAAAACUUUCCAGACAAUUCGUUUCUUACAUCGUUAUAAUUUUAUUAGAAAAAGUUGUUUCCAAUAUCAAAGACAUUCUUAAAAUAGUUGUAUUUCUGAUUUUGACUUUUAUUAAAACUAGACUGGUUAUUAUAUGAUACUGAAGCCAUAAAACCGCCUAAUAUGCCAAAUGAUUCGUUGAAAAAAAAACAUGCAUCUCGGUUUAUAUAAAUAUUUGUUUCAUAAAAAAAAUAUAUUAAUAAUUCUAGAGGGGAAUUUCAAUUCUUUGUUCUCUUAGGAUAAAUAAUAAAUUAAAUUCAAAUUAAUUCUAUUGCCUAUAACGCUAGAAUAUUUCAAACCUUCCAGCCAGUAACAGUUGCUAAGCAACGGAUAGUAAAGAUGGCGCUCUAAAUGAAGCCGUGUUUCCAUUAUGUCGUUGCAAUUAUUUAAUCAAAUUGAAAUUGAACUUUUAUCUUCUAUAGACGUCUGUAUAUAUCGAGCAUUAUGAUUUCUAGACACAGGUGGAUUCGUUCAUGAAACAUAAAUCAUAUUUUUUUAAUUUCUACUGAAUUUUUGUGUUUUAUUUACCAUUUCACUAUUGUCACGACUAAAUGGGAACUCUGGCUAGGAAUAUAGUCUGACAAGAGUCAGAAUGAACACAGGAAUAGGCCAAUUUGGUCAAUUUUGUCUUGUCAGGUUGUAUUAAUUUAAUAUUUCGACGAUUACAAAUAUAAUGUAUAUGUCGUCAUUUAAUUAUGUUUAGUGUCUAUUGUAUAAAAUAUCAAUUUGCUUAUAUCUCUUUAAACAUUAAUGUAAAGUCUCAAAUCUCUAUUUUACCAUAAUAAAUAUACACGUGGAUGCCACUUAUACUUUAAUCAUUAUGUAUAUGUAUAUAUAUGUUAUGUACUCGAUAACUUUACCUUGUCAUAUAACUUUUAAUAUAAGUAUUAGUGAUUGUUUGCUCUCAAUAACUUUAAGCCUAUGGGCGGCCACAUGAUAUAAUUAUAGUGCCAAUAAAAAAUACUCGUUCUAUGGUAAUCUCUAAAAAAAUAUUCGAAUUAUAUAUUUUAUGACGACAAAAAAAAAGGACUGAUACAUUUGAAGGGAAAAUAUCUUUAUAUUGAAUUCGGUUACGAAUUUAUAGGAAAAAUAAUGGAAGACAGAUAUUUUCUGUAAAGCUAGGCAAAAUUUUUUUAGUAAUAAGUUGACAUUAACGAAUAUUAAAUAAUAUUUUUUGUAUAAAUCGAAAUUAAAGUGUACGAAGUAAGGUUGCAGGGAUGUUUAAAGACAAGCAUUAUAAUUAUAAGUAGUCUACUUUCACUAUCUAUUCUGCCCGGUUGAAAUUAUAAAGCUUUGAGCAUACAAAAGUGUUAAGUAUAAAUAGCAAAUCUAAUUUUCAAUUUAAGACUAGUAUUUGGUAAAAAAAAUUUAGUUUUAGACAUAUGUAAUCCGAAUUUUUUAUUUUAAUUUAAAAAAGGACGAAGAAACUGAUUUGAAACAUUCUCCUCACUCUUUCUUUUUAUAGAGAAAUGAUAAAACAGCGUGUCUUUUCAACGUGCGUGAAUACCGCCAAUACCGUAAUAGGCUAUAAGGCCUUAAUUUAGUUUUCAUUGACAUAAUAAUUAGAUUUUUUCAUUUUUAUAUUUUUAUACUUUCAUAGCUGUUAUUUUUUAUGUGAUGAGAUGCAAUAUAUUUUUUUUUAAUUUAUUGCUAAUAAAUAAAAAGGUAAUAUGAAAAUGACAGUUCGAAUGAAACCUUAUUGAGAGUCAUAGAUACAAGAUGUAAUUUCACUUUACAAUAGGUUAAAAAUUGGACCGUCUCAUUGUAACCCACUUAAUCAACAUCGUUUGCUAAAAAAAAACUUUUUUUUUAAUUUCAUGAAACAAAGACACACAUUCCAAAUUAAAUAGGGGCCAUAUUAGGCCAGUGAUUUUCUUCAAACUUAAAAUUAAUCAAUUAUUAUGUGGCCGACUCAUUUCAUUUAUUUUACAAACUAUAUGUAUCUCAAAAAGACUGUUUACAACUAAUUGUCAAGCCAACACCUUCAAUUAAGUAUAUAAUAUAAGACUGUAUAACUAUUUUAUAGUAUUGUUUGCGUUUAUACAGAAGUACAAUUUUUAUUUAGGCAGCUAGACCGAGGGUAGUAUAUAAAGGACAAAAAUGUUGCCAUUCAACGAAAUGUACAAAAAUGUAUUUUUUCCCCGUUAUAACCCCAUAUAAUCUGAUGAAAAAACAGGUGCGCCCUGUCAAAGCAUAACCUUACAGUACAAAAUAUGUGUAUAAAAUAAUAUUUACGUAUGCUUUACUUAGAAUUUAAGUUUUGUUAUUAAGGUUUUCUUUAGCGACAGUUAGAACAAAUAUGUUCAACUAAGCCCGUCUACACAUAUUUUUUUUUGUCCAGAACAAAUUCGUUUAGGUACUGUUUAAGUGAAAAUUUACCUCAUUUUCUAAACGACUGUUUUUAUGUAAGAUAUUGUCCGGACAGGUUCACCGUUUUGAAAAGUUAGUUGUCAUAAUUUUAGUUUAUAUUUUAAGGCAUUCCAAUUUGGUAAGGUAUUAAGGCCAGGUCGUGCUGUGCGCAAAAGCCAUAGCAAAUAUUAGAAAAACAAAAAGUCUUUUUAAUUAUUUAAAUAAUUACUUAUUUUUACCAUUCAUGUAUUUCAUCCGUUCUUUAUCGUUCGUUCGUUCCAUAUCCUUUCGUUCUAUUCACAGGAACGAACUUCUGAUUCGCCUAUUUCUUGGAUGUUAAUAUGUAUAUAUAUAAGUAUUUAUUACAGUAGAAACUCGAUUAACCGGACUAAUUGUUGUUGAAAGGCAUCCGGAUAAUCGAAAGUAUGAAGAAAAUCAGGUACCCUGAUAUUUUUAAAACAUCUGGGUUCUUUUGAUUUUCGGAUGAGAAGCAAAGGUAUUUUAUGGGCCACGGUAGCGUUAGCGCAAACUAAUAUUGUUACUCGCUCUUUGCUAGUUUUAUUUCCUGGAGCUGAAUUCUCUCGCCUAGAAGCUUAAGAUUUUGAAGGCAAUGACUUCUAGUUUAAUCCGAUUUCAUCAGCAUUAUAAACAAAAUCUAAGUCAUAGUUAUUUUCGUCUGAAUUCUUCUUGAAAUCAUCUUUAAAAGAGUUUGCUGCAUCUACAUUAGCUGUUUUAGCAUUGUAUUUCCAAUUCUCGAAUUCCAUGACGAGAUUUAAAUCUGUAUAACCAACCGUUACUUGCCACAAAAGAUUCAUCGCCCCCUAUUUUGUUAUUUAACUGUAAUGCUUUUUCACACAGCAAUACAAAGCGUCUUCUAAAUCUUCAUUUUUCGGUUUCUUCAUCAUUUUACGAUGUUUACUCUUCUCUUCUCUUCGUCUUCACUAUCUAAUUUGCAGCUGUACAACAAAAUUGAAUCGGUAUUUUUCUUAAUACUAAUCCCUUUUCGUGGAUGUACCUACACCAUACUUAUCAGCUAACUUACGACCUGUUUUUCCUUUUUUUAAUGAAUCAAUAAUAUUCAAUUUUUCUUUAAGCUAUAACACCACUUUCUUACGCUUUGACAUUUUUAGAUAUGUAUCUAGUCGUGACACGCACGUCAGGACAGAGUAGCAUUGCUAACCAACUAAAAUAAUAACGAAACGCGUGAGCAGCGAUCGCGGGCGGGGUGAUGCCAGUUCCGACACGUUCAUGCUUGCACAAAUACGACUUGUAGGUACAUUUAAUGCGGUUUGUCUGUAGUCCGGAUAAUCGCGAAUCCGUAUAACUGAGGGCCGGAUAAUCGAGUUUCUACUGUAUUACAUAUAUUGAGUUAUUAUCUCGUAAGUUUCUAACUUACUUCGGGUCUUAUUCAAUCUGUGAAAUUUGUCCCGUAUAUA